UCAACACUUGGCUCUGUAUUUUAGCUUAGGCUCUGUAUUUAGCGUAGUGUGUUGAAGUUGGAUCAUGUCCUAAGUUCAUUGUGUUGCUCGUUUUGAUAGGGUUGAGUCGAUGUGAACAGGUUUACACAUCCAGUGCUUGCGAGAAGCAAACACAACUUCAGAUUGUCUUUGAGAGAGAAAGAAGUCUGGAGACAACAGAGCCAAAAUUCAAGUUGUAUGUGAGUUGAAGUCAAGAGUCACGAGUUGAAGUCAAGACAAAAUGCAAGCUGUAUGUUUGUACGUCCGUGUCAUGCCUUUUGUAUGUUUCUGUCACGAGUUUUGUAUGUUGAAGUGAGGAGUUUUGUAUGUAAGUGUCACGAGUGUCUGGUUAACAAGUUGUAUGUGUCACGAGUGUUGGUUGUGUCACUCUUCUCUCUUGCUCUAUAUAAAGCAUUGUAAUGCAUUUCAUUGUUUUCACUCUACUCUCAUCAUCUAAAGUUUUCAUAAAGCAUUGUCACUCUUCUCUCUUCCUCACGAGUGUAGGUUGUCUAAUAAUAAAUUGUUUUCACUCUACUCUCUCUUGCAAAACACAAGUUACAAAGUUUUCUCUUCCACCACAAAGUGUUAUUGUCUUCCCCUUGAUAACAAAGCCAUUCUCUUUCAUUGAUCACAACAAAAUAAAGUUUUUUCUCUUCUCUUUCAAGUUACAAAGUCUUCUCUUUCAUCACAAAAUAAAAUUCUAUGGCUUCAUCUUCUCAUAACACUUUUGAGGGAGUAGAUGAUUUUGAUCAAUAUUAUAAUCAAUAUUGCAAUCAAUAUUUUGAUCAAACGUUCGAGGAUUUGUGCAUAAAUCAUGAUGAUCAAGAAGAUACAAGGAAGAAAAGGAAAAAACGAGUUCACAUUGAAAGAAAUCGUGAAGAAGGCAAUGUGCAUUUAUGAAAUGAUUAUUUCAGCGAAACUCCAACAUAUCCUCAAAAUCUAUUCCGUCGGCGAUUUAGAAUGAACAAACCAUUGUUCAUGCGUAUUGUUGAUCGACUCUCCAAUGAAGUUGAAUUCUUUCGACAAAAGAAAGAUGCUCUCGGAAGGUCUAGUCUUUCUCCACUUCAAAAGUGUACAGCAGCCAUUCGUGUCUUGGUAUAUGGUAGUACGGCUGAUGUUGUUGACGAAUACCUCUGUCUCGGUGAAACUACUACUCGGUCAUGUGUGGAACAUUUUGUGGAAGGAAUAAUUUCUUUAUUCGGCGUUGAGUACCUAAGAAGACCAACACCCGCUGAUCUUCAACGUCUACUUCAAGUUGGUGAGUUCCGUGGAAUUCCCGGGAUGAUAGGAAGCAUAGAUUGUAUGCAUUGGGAGUGGAAGAAUUGUCCCACCGCUUGGAAAGGGCAAUAUACACGGGGUUCAGGAAAACCCACAAUUGUUUUAGAGGCGGUUGCUUCGUAUGAUCUAUGGAUAUGGCAUGCAUUUUUUGGACCUCCAGGUACCUUAAAUGAUAUCAAUGUUCUUGAACGCUCACCUGUUUUUGAUGAUAUAAUAAAAGGUCAAGCUCCAGAAGUCACUUUAUCUGUCAAUGGAAGAGAGUAUCAUUUGGCUUACUAUCUCACAGACGGUAUUUAUCCAAAAUGGGCAACUUUUAUCCAAUCUAUUUCAAUGCCACAAGUGCCGAAAGCGGUUUUAUUUGCUCAACAUCAAGAAGCUAUCCGAGAAGAUGUCGAGCGUGCUUUUGGAGUCUUGCAAGCUCGAUUUGCCAUUGUUAAAAACUCCGCGCUUUUCUGGGAUAAAGCCAAAAUUAAGAAUAUUAUGAGAGCAUGUAUCAUACUCCAUAAUAUGAUCGUUGAAGACGAAUGAGAUGGAUAUACUCUAUCUAAUGUUUCAGAGUUUCAACAAGGAGAAGAGUCCGGAAGUUCACAUGUCGAUCUCGAUUAUUCUACGGAUAUGCUUACAAAUAUCGCCAAUAUGAUGGGUGUUCGAACAAGAAUUCAUGAUCGACAAAUGCAUCAACGACUCAAAGCUGAUUUGGUUGAACAUUUAUGGAGUAAAUUUGGACGUGACGAAGACAACAACUGAGUUCAGAAUGUUUCUUUCAAAUUAUUCUCUUUUUUUUAGUAAUCCUUGUUUUUUUAAAAAAAAUUAAAAUGUAUGUUUAAAAUGUUCUAUUUUAUUAUGUUUUAUUUAAUAAAUAAAUUUUAUUUUAAAAAAAAAUUUAUUAAGAACCCCUAUUUAAGAAACUACCAUUGAAGUCUACAUUUUUGAAAGUUUCUUAUCUAAAGUUCUCAAGUACAAAAAGGUACAAUCAAUUAAUUAAAAAGGCAUUAAGAAACUCAUUUGGGGUAAUAGGGUUAAAGAUGGUCUAACCGUCUCUUCUCAGCCACUCACGCAAUUAGUAAGAGAGAAGAGGAGCACAUGUCCUUAUUUAAUUGGUCAACAUGCAUGCAGAAAAGCAGCCAAUAGUAGCUUGAUCUUCAAGAAAAAAU